GAUGUGCUGAAUGAGCUGCCAAGUUGGAGCUUUAUAUCUGGCUGUCGUGCUCAAAAUUUCAGUUUGAAUUUAAUUUCUUUUUUUCCAUGUCAAUGACGAUCUAUCCGCCAUCAUGGGCCAAGACGAUGUCAUUGAAACCGCUCCAAAGGUAGCGGAGGAGAAAAUUGCGGCGUAUCCAGGGGCGCAAUUGGCUGAGGGCGACGAUGGCUCGGGCUGUGACAUGGAGAAGCACGUUGUGCAGCCAGCACCGGAGUUGAAGAGGAGGUUGAAGUCGAGACACUUGCAGAUGAUUGCUAUAGGUGGCACCAUCGGAACAGGUCUCUUUAUUGGUAGUGGUGGAGCAAUUGCCAAGUCAGGACCGGCUGGUGCACUCAUUGCAUAUGCCUUCGUGGGGACAAUUGUGUUCUCAGUCAUGAUCUCCUUGGGCGAAAUGGCAACAUAUAUUCCCAUUUCAGGGGCGUUUACUGCAUAUGCUACCCGCUUCGUGGAUUCUAGUCUGGGUUUCUCAAUGGGGUGGAUUUACUGGUUUUCCUGGGCCAUGACUUAUGCCUUGGAACUGACGGCUUCUGGGCUAAUCAUUCAAUAUUGGGAUAAAUCUCUUUCAAUCGGGAUCUUCAUCGCGGUGUUCUGGGUUGUUAUCACUGCGGUCAAUUUCUUACCCGUCAGCUUUUACGGGGAGUUUGAAUUCUGGUUCUCGAGUAUCAAGGUCCUCACCGUCACUGGCUUCCUCAUCUUUGCUAUCUGCAUCGAUGCCGGUGCAGGACAACACGGUUACCUGGGAUUCCAUACCUGGGGUAACCCAGGAGCCUUCGCUCCCUACCUCAUAGAACACGACGGGCCCCUCGCCAAGUUCGUCGGGUUCUGGGCCGUGCUAAUCCAAGCUGGCUUCUCCUACCAAGGCACGGAACUCGUGGGCAUCGCCGCAGGGGAGACGGAGAACCCACGCAAGAACGUUCCCGCCGCGAUCCGCAAGACUUUCUACCGGAUCAUCUUCUUCUUCGUCUUCACCGUGUUCUUCAUCGGCCUGCUCGUGCCAUACACGAACCCCAGCCUGCUGUCCUCAGCCUCCGACGCGACCGCCUCCCCCUUCGUCAUCGCCGCCAACCUUGCCGGAGUCAAGGUACUCCCGGGCCUCAUCAACGCCAUCCUCCUCUUCGUCGUCCUCUCCGCUGCAAACUCCAACGUCUACUCCGGCUCGCGCAUCCUCGUCGGGCUCGCGAACGACGGCUCCGCCCCGCCCUUCCUGAAACUCACCACCAAGGGCGGCGUGCCUUACUGCGCCGUAGCAUUCACCGCCGCCUUCGGGCUCCUCGCCUUCCUGAAUCUCUCGCAGAGUGGCGGCACCGUCUUCAACUGGCUGUUGAACAUCUCCGCCGUUGCGGGGUUCAUUACGUGGGCCUGUCUGAACGGCUGCCAUAUCCGAUUCAUGCGCGCGCUCGCGGCGCGGAACAUCUCGCGCGAUACCUUGCCGUAUAAAGCGAUGUGGCAGCCGUUCCUUGCGUGGUACGGUCUCUUCUUCAAUAUCCUCAUCAUCAUCACCCAAGGGUUCACGGCGUUUAUCCCCUGGGAUACCGAGAAUUUCUUCAUCGGGUAUAUAAGUGUGAUUCUGUUCGUCGUGCUGUAUCUGGGGCACAAGAUCGUCACCAGGUCCCCGUUCGUCAGGGCCCAUGAGGCGGAUCUUGAUUCCGGGCGCGCGGAGUAUGAUGAGAUGGCUUGGGAUAUCACAGUCCCUACCACGGCUUGGGGGAAAUUCUGGGAUUGGUUUGCUUGAGAAUGAAUCGUGGGGUUUUGGUUGGUUGGUCAUUUGGGAAAAUCUCCAUAUCCGCUAGGUUAAUGGG